ACUGUACGGUGGCCGACUUCUCCCUCCGCGCUGCUGCUCUCCUCCUUCCCCGGCGUCAUCGGACGCAUUUAUCUCCUCCCACUUUCUGCUCCUCUGGAUGAAAGACUACUGUUCAUUUCUGCUCUAUUUCGCCUAUGCCUGAAUCUCUAUAGUUGUCUUGCCGUGCUCCUGGCACGUCCCCCGUCUUUUGCUCCCAACCUACUUCGUUCCUGUGAAGAGAAAGUCUACCUGCCCAUUGCGACUGGCCCGCGCACUCUGCCGACCAUGGCAUACUCUCCUGCGCCAGUGUCACCCACUGCAGGCGCAAUAGGUCAACCUGUGGCAGGCAGCAUGAAUGCAAGAGGCCGAUCGAUGAGUCCACCGACGAAUCCUCCUUUGUCCAAACGGGACAAGCGACGCACUGCGCUCCAGGAGCGUCUGCAGGAUCUGACGGCCUCGUUCAGCCAGAACCGAGACGCCCAGUUUCGCCAGCAACUCCAUGCGCUGCAGUGUGAUAUGACCCUGAUCAAUAAUGCCGAUCCAUACACUCCUGGACCGCUGCCCGAUUCCCCAGAGGAAAUUGCCCGGUUGAUUGAAAAUACUGUUGGUGGAGGCAAAUUUGGGAAGGAGAUGGCCAGUGUUGCAGGAACCUGGUACGCGCGAUUCGUCCAGGAGAUCAAUCAGGUUAAGGAGGAGACAGAUGCAGAAUUGGCACUGCUAGUGAGUCGUCACCAAAACACACUCGAGCGCUAUAAACGCGAAUAUGCAUUCAGAGUUCAUUUCGCCGGAGAAGAAUACAACCAUCUCUCGUCCACUCUCCGUGAGCGUCUGGUACAAGCCAUUUCCGGGAAAAAGGCUCGCUUGAUGCGGGAAAAGGAGCAGCUAGACAUCGCAGACACCAACGCCCUUCUCCUUCACCCGAACCAAUUCAGCAUCACCAACCCAGCCAGUCCCGGUGGUAUCCAUAGCAAUCGUAAGACAAGGCACACGAGACACCGUGUCGACCUUGAUGAGCUGGGCAAUGGCAUUCUUUCAGAGUCCCUCAGCAAGAGAAAGAGGAAAGCUCCGCUCGAAGAUGACAUUGGGUCUCCAGUCAGAGAUGGAAACCAUUCAAAUCCGGCGGAGAGGGCGAAGGCUUCUUUGGAGAAGCAUCAGCAUGCGCCGACAUACAACAUCCACACGCUCUUUACAGAUAAGGAGCUGACGGCUCAUGCCAACAUAGCCCAUAUCGCGACCGUCCAUUUCUUCUCCACCUCCAAGCGCACCGAUCAGGGCUCAGGUAGUGCCACCAAUGGUAACAACACCGAGGCUGAAGAUAUGUCGGGUGUUGAAGGUACUGGACAAGAGGACAAUGGCACCCCUGCAACCGACAUGGUCCGAACGGCGAGCCAGAAUUUCCACGCCACCCGGUCAACCCGGACACACGGCAAUACGGGCCUCAGUGUGCUGAGUGAACUGUCCGAUAAGCCGGCUACUCGGCCAAACCUGCCGUACCACAUCCUCGCCAACUACCACGCGCGACCCAAUGGCACUGCACCGCCACUGCCGCCUCUGAUGAACGAAGAGAUUGACGACGAUUGUGCUCGCAUGGAACGCCUUCAGGCGAAGCCUCCCAGCUGGAUCGAUAAGGGGCUUAUCGAACAGCUUGUCGAGCCUCCUCCUGAGGAGAUUGGCGGCAUCCCGCAGAACCCUGAUCGGUUCAGCCUACUACAUCCCGACUUCCCUACCGAGAUGGGCAUCCAUCUGUACCCAUUGAAAAAUAGCACGAAAAACGGUGCCAAUGAGAUGCUCACCACCGGUAAUGAACGCACGAAGAGAAAUCGGGGAUAGCUGAAGUCGCCUCGGUACUUAUCCACAGCUUCGUGGAUACAUCAGAUAUAAGCUCAUUAUGUGGAUCUCUUAUACAUAGGACAGGACAGGACAGGUCAGGUCAGGAAGGGUGGGAACAACCAGAUGGCGUUCUGGCGUUCCUUCAUUAUGCAGAGAUAUACUCUGUACAACAUUUGCAUAUUCAUGUUGAUAACCUACGCGCGUGCUCAUUGAGCGGACUGACAGCAUUGCUGUAUCUUAGAAUCUCAUUUUUUCGUUCAACUCCAUCUAUCUAGUCAAAGCAGUUAGCCAUGUAUUGCGACAUAUUACAGACCUUGCACUUAUUAGGUUUCAUUCUAUUGUUAUUCUUUCCAUCCAAGACCCUUGUUCUACAGUACAUGUCAGUCUCGAUAGCGU